AAAUUUUAGUGACUAAUUUGACAAUUCGAGUUUAAAUUAAGUACUUGCAUGUUUGGUUCUUCUCUCUGUGGUUUGACGGUUGAUCUUCGCUCUUGGUCUGGAUCUUCUCUUUGGCAAUGGAAACCCAGUCGAAGGACCCAGAAUCAGUCUAUGACUUCACUGUCGAGGAUGCUGGUGGAAAUGAUGUGGCCCUGAACACUUACAAGGGCAAGGUCCUUUUGAUCGUCAAUGUUGCCUCCAAAUGUGGAAUGACUAAUUCAAACUACACAGAGCUGAAUCAGUUAUAUGUGAAGUACAAAGAUCAAGGCCUGGAGAUACUAGCAUUUCCUUGCAAUCAAUUCGGUGAGGAAGAGCCAGGAAGUAAUGAUCAGAUCACACAAUUUGUCUGCACUCGUUUUAAAUCUGAAUUUCCUAUUUUUGGCAAGAUUGAAGUGAAUGGCGAUAAUGCAGCUCCUCUAUACAAGUUCCUGAAGUUAGGCAAAUGGGGAAUAUUUGGAGAUGAUGUUCAAUGGAACUUUGCCAAGUUUCUUGUUGACAGCAACGGGCAGCCUGUCGAUCGCUAUUAUCCCACAACUUCCCCCCUUACCAUCGAGAGAGACAUAAAGAAGCUGCUGGGGAUUUCAUAAGUGCAGAGCUGCAUAUGGAUGCUUUGUUGGAUAGUCUUGUAGUCUGAACCCAUGUUUCAUACUCUUUUGAGAUGCAUCAAAGUUGUGCUUCUGAUAUCUGCAUGUGGUGCUGAGAAACAUUUGCGAACUAAUUUAUUCUCUACAGAUAGAAAUGAUUAGCGAGUUCAUAACUGGUAACCGACUUCUUAUAGUAAAAUUAAGGUUGAUAACUUGUUUUAA